AACAAAGGAUCAAUUUAAAAACGUAUGUGGCACACCCAGUCAGCAGAAGAGGGUGUGAUCCAGCCCCCUCUCUGAAAAAAAAGUCCAAAGGGAGAGCUGAAACUAGUAAUUGUGUCAUCUUUUGAGGAUGGUUUUCCAGGGAAUUUUCAGUUCCUGCUUUUCUUAUUUAUAAAUUUCAUCUUAUUACCUGGACGCUUCACCACAAGGUCAAGUUAUUUCUGCCACCAGGGAACACCAGGAAGGGGGGAGACACAAGUCUGGCCCAAUGGACCCGCCACCCCCCCCCAUCCUUCUGCCCUCACCCCCCACACUCUCCUACUGUCCUGGAAGCUCAUCAGCCUGAUUUCACCGCGUCGCGGGAGGGGAGGGCCCGGGCGGCGGUGACUCAGGACGCUGUGUGCCAGGGAGGGAGUCGAGCGCAAGGUGGAGCUCCCGGCCUUCCUUCAGAGGGAGAAGCGCGCUCGCUGUGUGACCUUGGCGAGGCGCUUCGCUUCCCUGGGCUUCAGUUUCUUGCUGACUGCAGGAGCUGGGCCCCAGGGAUGGACGCAGUCUGCGCCCCCGUACCGGUGUCAGGCUCGGACACCGACGUGGACAAGGACGAGUCGGCAGGUGCUCCGCCUCCAGGCCUCACGCUAUUAAGACACUUCCCUCGGAUGUGGGUUCCCAUCCUCAGGGACGACCCUGGGGCAUCCAGGGGAGCACAAGGCGCGGGGCCGCGCCCCGGGAGUGUCCGGCUGCCCCUCCCGGGAGCUGCGCCCCGCACCGAGCCCCGGAGCGGGCGCCCGGGGAAAGCCCAGCGGUGCUCCGCAUCCGAGCUCCGCACCGCCCGCGGCCUCCCCAUUGGCCGGCGCAGGGUCUGCAGGGCCGCCCUGCAGCCAAUCGCGGCUGGGGGGGCGGAGCUGCGGGUUCCGCCGGAUGCUCUAAGGCGCUGUGGUCCCACGCACUCCGGACCCCAGCUGUCCCGGCCCCUGUGCGGCGCCCCAGACAGCAGAGGCCGGCCAUGCAGGAGCCACUGCUGGGAGCCGAGGGCCCGGACUAUGACACCUUCCCGGAGGAGAGGGUGUCCCCGUCGUCGGGGGAGAGGACGCGGGUCAGCCUGGAGCACUCCUUGGAUCCAAACCUGAGUCUGACCAAAACCCAGGCAUCCUGGUUCGGGUCCGUGUUCACCCUGGGUGCAGCGGCGGGAGGCCUCAGUGCCAUGGUCCUCAGCGACCUCCUGGGCCGGAAACUCAGCAUCAUGUUCUCGGCUGUGCCCUCGGUGGCCGGCUACGCACUCAUGGCGGGUGCUCGUGGCCUGUGGAUGCUGCUGCUGGGGAGGACGCUGACAGGCUUCGCUGGGGGGCUCACAGCUGCCUGCAUACCGGUGUACGUGUCUGAGAUUGCCCCGCCAGGCGUCCGUGGGGCCUUGGGGGCCACGCCGCAGCUCAUGGCAGUGUUUGGAUCACUGUCUCUCUAUGCCCUUGGCCUCCUGCUGCCGUGGCGCUGGCUGGCUGUGGCCGGGGAGGGACCUGUGGUCGCCAUGAUCCUGCUGCUCACCUUUAUGCCCAACUCGCCGCGCUUCCUACUCUCGAGGGGCAGGGACGUGGAGGCGUUGCAGGCGCUGGCCUGGCUGCGCGGGGCCAACGCUGACAUCCGCUGGGAGUUCCAGCAGAUCCAGGAUAACGUCCAGAGACAGAGCAGCCGCAUGUCGUGGGCCGAGGCCCGGGACCCCCACAUAUACCGACCCAUCACCAUCGCCCUGCUGAUGCGCUUCCUACAGCAACUGACGGGCAUCACGCCCAUCCUGGUGUACCUGCAGCCCAUCUUCAAUAGCACGGCGGUCCUGCUGCCCCCCGAGGAUGAUGCUGCCAUCGUGGGGGCCGUGAGGCUCUUGUCAGUGCUGAUUGCUGCUGUCACCAUGGACCUGGCCGGCCGCAAGGUGCUGCUGUUUGUCUCAGCAACCAUUAUGUUUGCUGCCAACCUGACGCUGGGGCUAUAUGUCCACUUCGGUCCAAAGCCUCUGACCCCCAACAGCACCAUGGGCCUUGAGAGUGUGCCCUGGGGAGGUACAGAGCAGCCCCUGGUCACAUCUACCAACUACCUCACCCUGGUGCCCCUGCUGGCCACCAUGCUCUUCAUCAUGGGCUACGCCAUGGGCUGGGGGCCCAUCACCUGGCUCCUCAUGUCUGAGAUCCUGCCCCUGCGUGCCCGUGGUGUGGCCUCGGGGCUCUGCGUGCUGGUCAGCUGGCUCACCGCCUUCGCCCUAACCAAGUCCUUUCUGCUGGUCGUGAAUGCCUUCGGCCUCCAGGUGCCUUUCUUCUUCUUUGCUGCCAUCUGCUUGGUGAACCUGGUGUUCACCGGCUGCUGCGUGCCUGAGACCAAGGGCCGGACACUGGAGCAGAUUGAGUCCUUCUUCCGCACUGGGAGGAGGUCCUUCCUGCACUAGGUCAGGGUCCCCGCCUGGGAGGGGCCAAACCAUGGGCGGCCAGGCCUCUGUGUGGGCCACUAACCUGCACCCCGAGUCCAGGGGGCAGCAGCAACCUGCUGUCAGACAUGCACAGGAGGACAGGCCAGAAGCAUGACAGGCCCCCCAGAGCGCGCUUUCUGGCACUGGACAGGCAGCACCGCUGUCCAGCCCCGGCCCCAGUGGUGCUGGACACACACUAGCCAAGACAAGACCCGUGGCAGAGAAGGCAGCCUUGGGCCAAAGGGGAGCACGUGACUCAGGAU